AUGCUAUCCUAUGGGACGCUACGAGCGUGCAUCAGGGUCGAUGGACAAGUUUUGGAGAGCUAUGGAAUUGAGACGUUUCCAGAAGAAAAUAAGGUGACCUGUUGGAUUGCUUCGGAAGCAGGAAAGACGUUCUCUGUAGUAUGGCAAGAUAUCAACUAUGCACGCCAGUAUCACCAAACAGGAGAUGUGACACUCGAUGGCGUACAUGGAGGGGGUCAAUUAAUGCGUGCUUUAGGUUUCAAUGAGCCACCGACGUAUCAGAGAUGUACUGCGGAAUUCAAAUAUGUCAACACAUCGAUGAAUUCUAUCCGUCCACUUACCUUCUCGAGGCUUCAGCUGACGGAUGAAGAUCAACACCUGAAUUCUGCACAUGCAGAUCUCGGAGAAAUUUCCUUGGCCAUCUGGCCUGUGACUGUGAUUGGCAUGGGCUACCGAAAAAAUACAGUCUCUGCUGAGGGAACGAUAGUCCACGAGCGCUCAAAGAAGGCAUCAAGUCACUGUGUGGGGUUUGGAGAGGAGAUCCGCGUGCCGCCGCAACAGGUAAUUAACGUGGCGCGCGUUGGAAUAACCCCCACGGCUACAUUUGUUUUCAGGUACAGACCAUUUGGUUCGUGUGCAAAACAUAGUCGGUAA